AUGUACCUCCACGAAUGGGACUGGUAUAAGCAAUUGGCGAAACAACUUGAUUACAUCGUCACUCACAUAGUCUUUACAUCUCUUACGGUAGAGAGAGGCCUUUUGAAGGCAGACCAGGCAUCUCAAGGCCCGUCGAUGUUUAGUAUUAAGGAGGAGUUCUCCGAGCAAGCUGACGACCCCGGACCGAUCAUUCAGCCUUUCCAAGAGAUCUCGGCUCUCCUCGAGCGAGGUCCCGGGGAGUCAAACGUAGAGCCGGUAAAUCUAAAGAUAGGCCCGGUGGAUUACAGGGUAUUGUGUCCGGUACACAAGGAAACAAAAGCCGCCGAGAAACAAGACGUCGAUCAACAAGACGAUGAUCAACAAAACGCCGCUUCACAUGGGAUGCGAGGCGUUAGGGCUGGCUUGUCACGCGGAAGGUCUGUGUAUUUCUGUGGUAGCCGUCGGCACGCUCCAGAGACUGGAAACAGUGGCAAGUAG